AUAUCUCCAUUUGGUACGAAGGUAAAAGCUUUGUCGAGAAUGUCAGAGAAGUUUCAAAAGGCUCUGGUUUGAAGAAAUUGCAAAAACAGGUCCUUAAAGAUGUUUUAAAUGAUCCAAACAUUGACGUAAAAAGUGUUGAUGAAGGGGAGAUAAUGAUGAAAAAAAUGAUAAGUAGUAGAAAAGUACUUGUUGUUUUAGAUGAUGUCGAUGAUAUCGAGCAGCUUGAGGCGUUAGCAGGAGAGCAUACUUGGUUUAAGUCCGGAAGUACAAUCAUCAUCACAACAAGAGAUGAGCAUGUGUUGGUAGCCCAUGGAGUGAAGUCUAUUCAUGAUGCCAAUCUGUUAUCACAUGAGGAAGGAAUUCGCCUUUUUAGUAAGUACGCAUUUGGCAGAGAGAACCCAAUUGAAGGGUACCAAGAGCUCUCAGGAAAAGUAGUACAUUAUGCUGGUGGUCUUCCCUUAACAAUUAAAGUUUUGGGUUCAUCUCUUUGUGGUAAGACAAAGUGUGAAUUUAAUGACGCCAUAGAAAGACUAAAAACAAUUCCAGAAAAGCAAACUUUGGAAACACUGGAACUAAGCUACAAUGGGCUAGAAAAUGAUCACAAAGAAAUAUUUCUUGAAGUUGCAUGCAUAUUAAAAGGUGAACCAAAAGAAAAAGCAAUCCGAAUACUUGAAAGUUAUGGAUUCCAUGCUCGAAUUGCUUUAAAAGUUCUUGAGCAGAAAUCAUUGAUAAUCAUUUCGGAUUAUGGUUGUUUAGAAAUGCAUGACCGUAUUGAAGAAAUGGGUAUGAAUAUUGUUCGUCGUUUGCACCCUCAUGAGCCUCAAAGGCAUAACAGAUUAUGGGUUAAAAAAGAAGUAGAAGAUAUUUUGAUUAAUGAGUUGGGUACAGAAGCAACACUGAGUAUAAAACUACAGUAUACGAAACUCCAUCCAUCUAUAAUUAUGAAAGGUCUUAGAAAGAUGAAGAAGCUUAGAUAUCUUUACGUUAGUGGGGAAUAUUGGUUUAUUGGAAUGGGUUGCAGCAACAUCUCUCAACAGGAAGAGGGAGAAAGAAAGGUUCUUAAUGAGCUCAAAAUUCUUAACAUUAAGCAUACACAGUUCAGAACCUUUGACCUUGGGUUGACACCAGAUCUCGAGUGGUUAGAUCUAUCAGGAUGUUAUGACUUUGAAGAACUCCAUGUACCUGUUGAAAGUCCCAAGCUCAAGUCCCUUGUCCUCCAUGGUUCUAAAUUGAGUAAACUUGAUCUUCGGCUAACUCCACAACUCGAGACAUUAGAUCUUGAAGGUUGUAACAACAUUGAAGAACUCCACAUGCCCGUUGAAAGUCUCAAGCUCAAGUCCCUUGUCCUCCGUAGUUCUAAAUUGAGUAAACUUGACCUAGGGCAGAUUCCACAACUCGAGACAUUAGAUCUAGAAGGUUGUAACAACAUUGAAGAACUCCACAUGCCCGUUGAAAGUCCCAAGCUAAAGUCCAUUGUCCUUUAUGGUUCUAAGUUGAGUAAACUUCACCUAGGGCAGACUCCACAACUCGAGAAAUUAGAUCUUGAAGGAUGUAACAACCUUUUAGAACUCCACAUGCCCGUUAAAUGUACCAAUCUGAAGUCCCUUGUCCUCAAAGGUUCUAAGUUAAAUAAACUUGACUUGGGGCUGACUCCACAACUCGAGACAUUAGAUCUUGAAAGAUGUAAGUACCUUGUAGAACUCAACAUGCCUGUUGAAUAUACCAAGCUGAAGUCCCUUGUCCUCAUAGGUUCUAAGUUGAGUAAACUUGACCUAAGGGGGACUCCAAAGCUUCAGACAUUAGAUCUUGAAGGAUGUUACGACCUAGUAGAACUCUACAUGCCUCUUGAAUGUGCCAAGCUAAAGUCCCUUGUUCUUAGUGGUUCUAAGUUGAGUAAACUUGAGGGGUUAACUCCAAUGCUCGAGAGGUUAGAUCUAACAGAAUGUUAUAACUUUGUACUCCACAUGCGCGCUGAAUGUCCAAUGUUGAAUUACCUUGUCCUUAGUGGUUAUAUGUUGAGUACUGGAGCUGUCUCCACACCUCCAGACAUUACAUCUUGA